AGGACGCCAGGAGCACCGACGAGCGCAAGAAACGGCCCCGUACGGCCUUCACGGCCUCCCAGAUCAAGUCCCUGGAGCAGGAGUUCGAGAAGAACAAGUACCUCUCCGUCAGCAAGAGGCUCCAGCUCUCCAAGCAGCUUAAGCUUACCGAGACGCAGAUCAAAAUAUGGUUCCAAAACAGACGUACAAAAUGGAAAAGAAAGUAUACAAAUGACCUGGAGCUCAUGGCACAGCAAUAUUACUCAGCGCUGGGCAUCCUUAAUCCACGUCCUAUGGUAGUUGGAGACAGACUAUGGCUAUUCAACUACCCUCUGGGUCACCCCAAUCAGCAUACAGUCGGUUUCCAUAGCAACAGUUUACCUCCCAUCCCUUCCCCUCUGCCCUCUCACGCUCUACCUCACAUUCCCAUCCACUGCCUCCCCUCACUUCCCCUCACCUCUCCAUUGGUUGCCUCUCACAACGACAGACCAAUCAUCCACCCAAAUCCAAUCAGCCCCCUUCCAGAUCGCCACAUGAUUGGCGCGUCGCCCGGUAUACCCCCUCCCCCACCACCUCCACCGGGGUCUCUAGGCCCCCACGUCGGUCCAGGACCUCUGCCCUCCCUGCCGACGUCAGUGUACAGCCCAGCUCCGACCAAUCACUUGUCAGCGCUCAGUUCUCUACACAGCACCAUCAGUAGCGCGGGCGUUCAGAGUCAGCAAAACAGAUCUGGAGUUUAAACGCGAGUGAUUUCGUCGACACCAAGACAUUUACGAACUCUCUCAAAAAAAUAACAAAAUACUGUCUAGUGUUCCCAUUGAAAAAGGGGGCUGGCCACUCUUACUCUUUAUUCUUAUCCCUCGUUUUCAUUAUUUAAGACUGUCCUGUUGUAUAUUUAAUGCUGUAUUUAUUUUUCUAAGCGUCAAAUCUUCUUACAGCGCAAGAGUGAAAGCAGAAACCCCCGUAAGAGUAUUUCCGGUGACCUCACCGAGCCAACAUUAUCCUUAGACGUAUUUUUAGCUAUAUCUUAUUGUAGAUGAGGUAGAAGUUCUUUUCGAUUGGAGGGGGGAGAAACUAAUAAACUACUCGGCGCUCUCAUUCACACGAAGCUUACUUUCUUUUUUGUCACUGAAACUUUUGCCAAAAUACA